AUGUCGUCGUAUAGUCGCAUCAAACCAUUCGACGUGACAUCUGAGGCCAGUAAUCUUCCGGCGGAAUGGGAAAUAUGGAAAAGUGAUUUAGAGUCUUUCUUCUUGGCACAAGCUGUUGAGACACAGCAUGAUAAGCGAGCACAAUUAGCGUACCUAGGAGGACCAGGCCUUCAGGAGCUGCUACGUCACCUUCCGGGGGUAAACCAAGUUCCUCAUGUGACCGCUGAUCCGCCGUACUACGAUGUGGCGAUCAAGUGUUUGGAUGAUUACUUCGAGCCGUUUCGUCGCAAAUCAUACGAGCGUCAUCUUUUUCACCAAAUCACGCAGCAGCCGGAAGAAAGAUUCACGGACUUCGUUAUGCGAUUGCGGAAGCAGAUUGCUCGAUGCAAUUACAACUCUUGUGUGGUGGAUGAACUGAUUGCUGACCGCAUCACACAAGGAUGCAAAUCACAAGAACUUCGCACCAGACUGCUUCAGAAGGACCGCUCGCUAGAGGAAAUCAUCGCGCUGGGAACCAGUUUGGCUGAGUCACUGAACCAGUCGAGGAAAUUGUCGAAGCCCAACAAUCCGACUAGACCGGACUCGGAGGUGAAUUCUGUCGCGAAACCGUAUUUCCGUCCAUUUGCAACGCGAAGACCAAAUCCGCUUCCGAAUCAAAAUCGGAAAUACUCUGAACGUCAAUCGAACAGCAGGUUUAUUUGCUACAGUUGUGGGCGUCGAGGUCAUGUACAAGGAAGUAGUGACUGUCCGGCAAGAGAGACAAAAUGUGCGGCAUGUGGAAAACCGGGACACUGGGCGAAACGAUGCUAUUCGACUGGCCAGGGCUUCAAACGUCGUCUAAAUGACUCAUUCGCAGGACCGAAAGCCAAACGCAUUCGUGCCGUGCAAGAGGAAACGGAAGCAAAACAAUCCAAAGACUUUGUGUUCUAUGCGAUGGGUCGGAACGUGUUCACCUUCAUCGUGGGAGGCGUUGAAAUCCCUAUGACGAUAGAUUCCGGCGCAGAUGCCAAUAUUAUUACGAAAGAGAUCUGGGAGCAAAUGAAACAGGCUGGAGUAAAAGUUACAGACGCAACAAAACAAAUCGACAGAUCGCUGACAGCAUACGCCACCGAACAACCGCUGAAGAUCGUGGGAAUGUUUCAUUCAGAAAUUCAGGCCGUCAACAAUACAGUGCAAGCGAAAUUUUAUGUUGUUGAAGAUGGACAGCGUUGUUUGUUGGGUGACAAAACAGCCAAAGACCUCCAAGUACUCAAAGUUGGAUUCGACAUAGCAUCCGUUGACUCAAACCGCUGUAAACCGUUUCCGAAAAUCCGAGGGGUAAAGGUUGAGAUACCCAUCGAUGAACAAGUGCCACCAGUUCAACAGCCGUACAGACGUCCGCCGAUUGCACUGGAGGAGAAGAUAGAGACGAAGCUACGUUCGCUUUUGGAGUUGGAUAUUAUUGAGCGGGCUCCGGGACCAUCGCCAUGGGUAUCACCAAUGGUACCUGUUCAGAAGGAUUCGGGUGAAAUCCGGCUGUGCAUUGAUAUGCGUCGAGCCAACCAGGCAGUUCUUCGCGAAAGCCAUCCCUUGCCGCUGGUGGACGAGCUGUUGUCAUCGGUGUCAGGUGCUGUACUAUUCUCAAAACUUGACAUUAAGGAUGCCUACCACCAGGUCGAGCUGUCUGAAAGAUCACGACCAAUCACCACUUUCAUCACCAAGUACGGCCUCUACAGGUACAAACGCCUAAUGUUUGGGGUAAGCUGUGCUCCUGAGCUCUUUCAGAAGACAAUGGAGGUAGUAACAGCAGGCCUAGAAGGAGUAAUUGUAUACCUGGACGAUGCCGUAGUAUUUGGGGCCACUAAGGAGGAGCACGAUAGGAGAUUGGCUGCCUUGUUGAAGCGUUUUUCGGACUAUGAUAUAUUACUAAACGAACAAAAAUGCAUAUAUGGAGUAGAAAGCUUGGAGUUCUUAGGCCAUCAACUUUCAACUACUGGCGUUCGACCAACUGAAAGUAGACUCGCAGCAAUCGAGAAAUUCCGCGAACCACGAAAUGUUUCGGAGCUUCGUAGUUUCCUCGGGCUGAUCUGUUAUGUAGGCAAGUUUGUUCCGAACCUCGCAGCGGAAACAGAACCGUUGAGACAUCUGCUUCGUUCAGGAAUACAGUUCAGGUGGACCCCGAAGGAAAAGUCCGCAUUUGAAUCUAUCAAAGCAGCUAUUUCGAAAAUUCACCAUCUUGGAUUCUUCAACCCUAAGGAUCGAACCAAGUUGAUGACAGACGCCAGCGCAACGGGCUUGGGAGCUGUUCUGCUACAAGAGGAUUCAAAUGGACGGAGUCGAAUUAUUGCAUAUGCCAGUAAAUCAUUGACCGAUUUGGAGCAGAAGUAUUUCCAAACAGAGCGGGAAGCCCUAUCUCUUGUUUGGGGUGUGGAAAGGUUUCGUCUAUACCUCCUCGGAAUCAAAUUUACACUACUGACUGACUGUAAAGCACUCAAAUUCCUUUUCAGUCCAAGGUCUCGCCCUUGUGCCAGAAUUGAGAGAUGGGUCCUUAAAUUGCAAAAUUAUACCUACGACGUGGAACACAUUCCAGGAUCUGCUAACCUUGCUGAUGUCUUCUCAAGGCUAUGUGAUCUUCCCCCGGAGCCUUUCGAUGAGAAAGGCGAAGAUUGCAUUCGAAACAUUGUCACUCAGGCCGUUCCAAAAGCGAUUACUUUACAGGAAGUUAAGGUAGAAACUGUAAAUGACGAAGAACUUCAGCACGUAUUGGAAUGUCUACAAACAGGUAAAACAGAAAGCGUUGUAAAAGAGUACAAACCGUACGUAGAUGAGCUCAGUAGUGUUGACGGUGUUCUUUUGAGGGGAAAUCGACUGGUAAUCCCUCUGAAACUACGUGAACGAAUGCUAGUUAUUGCACACGAGGCGCAUCCAGGAAUUGCAGCCAUGAAACGCCGUCUACGCCAAAAAGUAUGGUGGCCGUUGAUGGAUAAGCAUGUUGAAGGAACCGUGAAACAGUGUAAGCAGUGUAUACUUGUUUCAUCCUUGGGACCACCGGAACCUGUGAAAAGUACGAGAAUGCCGGAGAAGCCAUGGGUACACAUAGCGGUUGACUUCAUGGGGCCACUUCCUUCUGGACACACACGGUUUGUGCUUGUGGACUACUUUAGUCGGUUCACUGAAGCCAUUGUUAUGAAGCAAAUCACGGCCAAACGAACAGUUCAGGCUAUGCACGAAACUUUUAGCAGAUUUGGGAUCCCUGAAUCUAUUAGAUGUGACAAUGGACCUCAAUUUGUGAGCGAGGAGAUGCGAUCUUACUGCAACGAAUACGGUAUCAGCCUACGGAAAACAACGCCGUAUUGGCCGCAAGCUAACGGCGAAGUUGAAAGAGCAAACAAAACGAUACUGAAACACCUCAAAAUUAGUCAAAAUUCCGAGAGCCAGGAUUGGAUGUGGGAGCUUAGGUCGUUCCUAUUGAUGUACAACUCUACACCUCACACCACAACCGGAGUUGCACCGUCUGUUUUGAUGUUCAAGCGUGUAUUUCGUGAUAAGUUGCCUCAUUUCAGAGAACAGUUGGCACCGAAUGAAGAAGAGGAAGCGAUGGACAGAGACAAGGAGAGAAAACGGAAAGAUGCUGACUACGCAGAUGCCAGACGUCAUGCCAAGACAUCUAAGCUUAUGGUAGGAGAUACAGUUGUGGUGAAAAGAACGACUAAGGAAAAUAAGCUUUCAACAACGUUCGCGCCUGAGGAAUUUACUGUAACACAAUUAGUAGGAUCGGAUGCAACAGUUCAGUCGAAGAGUUCGGGCAAAACUUUCCAGAGGAAUGUGGCACAUUUGAAACAACUACCGGACCCACAUACCAUAACUGCAAAUGAUGGGGUGGACAAACAGGUAAUCGAACAUAACCAACCAAUUCAGGACUCUAGCCCCGUGAAGGGAUGCGAGACUCGUGAAGCAAAUUCUAGUACAGAUCAUGAUGGGAGACUAACACAGCGUUCGAUGCGGAUCUCUCGUAAACCAGGUUAUCUAAAAGAUUAUCAGACUAAUGCAGUUUAUGACAUUUAAAGUAGAGGGGGGAUGUCAGGAUCGAAUGCGCCCUUUGCGCAGUCAGAGUAGUAUUGAUCAUCCCUAAGAGAGAAACGUCAGAUACCGAUACGCGGUGGAAGAGAGAGUCGAGCACGCCAUCGAGGAGAUCACCGGUCGCGAGAAGAAUGUAAAAAGUGAUACGAAAAUGGACAUUGAAAUAGUUGGAAAUAAAGUUUGUAAUUGAUGUGAAAGUCUCGCUGUUAUAAGUUGUAUU